AUGGGUCUCUUGGACAAGCUCGCCAGCAAGGUGGGCAACUCCGGUCGACCCAACUCGCAGCAGUACGGUGGCGGUGGCUACGGAGGUGGAGGCUACGGUCAGCAGCAACCUCCCUACCACCAGCAAAACUCGUACGGCAACGGCGGUUACGGCGGUCAGAACAACAGCUACGGACAGCCUCCACCGCAGCAGCAGCAGCAACACUCGUCCACGCCACAACCUCCGUCGGAAAAGCCCAAGGACGACGAUCGUCCGCUGCCGGACGGAUGGGUCAAGCAGUGGGACAACAACUACUCGCGCUACUUCUACGUCGACACCAAAGCCACUCCUCCACGAUCCAUCUGGGUCCACCCGAACGACGAGAACAAGAGCAGCACCGGUGCCUACGCUCCCCCCUCCGGUCCUCCCCAAGAUAACCGCGGCUACGGACAGCCACCACCGCAGCAGAACUACCAGCAACCCCAGUACGGCGGCGGGUACCCGCAGCAGGGCGCCUACGGUGGUUAUCCGCAGCAGCAACCCAUGUACGCUCAGCAGCCCAUGAUGGGCGGGGGAAGGAUGGGUGGCAUGGGCGGUGGCAGGUUCGGUGGAGGCGGUGCUGGUAUGGGUAUGGCAGGAGGCGCAGCGUUGGGUUUGGGUGCCGGUAUGUUGGGUGGUGCCUUGAUCUCGCACGAGAUGAACGAUGCGUAUCAGGAUGGAUACCAGGAUGGUGGUGGAGGAGACGACUACGGCGGAGAUUACGGCGGCGGAGACGAUGUCGGCGGUGGCGACUUCUGA